AUGGACGGGCACCUGACCUCUGCAUCGGGAGCACACCACGAGGCCGCAGGCGCCAACAUGGCCGACUCACCGUCCAGCUCAUUUACAUCCGAUGGCGGCGAACCCACACUAACUGACAUCAGCGCCGACAUUCGCUCACUGGCCGCCGCUAUGGUAGCCAAGGAGGACCUCCGCUGCCUUUCAGACACUCUGCAUGCGGCGAUCCGCACUGAUGUAUCAGCGCUCAAGGCAGAUAUCACAGCACAUUACACCAUGCUGCAGCAACUGGAAUCCACCACAUAG